GGCCGCUCGGCGCAGUGCUCGCCGGGACGCCGCACGUACGAGACCCGCUUCUCCUGCGCGCCAGUGGCGCCCCCACCCCGGGCCGCCCCACCUGUUGUCCCGCCGUCUCGGCACCCGGCGGCCCCUACCCGACCCUCGAAGACGUCCCGACGUCGCCGACGCCGGCACAGUAGCGACGUGGACGCGCGUCGGACACCCUCGGUGGCAGCGCCACCCGGCGACGAGACCUGCGCACCCCCUGGCGGAGCUCCGAGCUCGCUGCCCUGACCCUUUGGGGAGAGAUUUAAAAUUCUAAAAGGGCCUUGCCAGCGGUAGGGUGGCUGGAGAGAGAAAUUCCAAAUACGUUCGGAUCGCCGAUAGGGGUGCACUCGACGUGGAGCGCCCUCGCCCUCAGACGUCGGCGCUGCCUGGCGGCGGAUUCGCGCACUACUCGGAAGGCGGUCGAGGAGGAACUCGAGGACGCGGAGGGUCCAUCGGACUCUUUCAGGGGACUCGUUGGCCGCGCGACCGCUGCCCGAUUAACGGGCUAUUGCGAGGGAAAUAUUAAAUCGAGGAGAAGUGUUUUUCGUGAGGAAGAAGUGGACGUUUACGCGGCCGGGACUCUGGCGCAAACCUGGCGCCCGACUUUGCCAGGUAAACGGCUACCGAUCCCCGGAAUGUGGGCAUUCGGACUGAGAUACUCGGUUUGUUGACACUCGGAGGGUAUCGAGGUGUUCCCGUGCCAACCGAACUCCAAAGUCAACUGCUAGCGGCGUCGCGGACCUCCGACGUCCACGACGUCGCCGCCCUUGAUCGGAGAAGGAUUCCAUAAAGGUGUUCCGAAGACUCCGGGACUAAUCCCGAAGCGAAGCCCUACCUGCCUCGAGGAGACGUCGCGACACGUGGAAAGUCGCUCGGAAGGGAUAUUCAUUGGAACGCGGAAAAAGUAAUCGAGAGUUGAAACUCGAUACGGGACGUUUCGAGGAAACGGCGAAGUAUUGUGAAGAUUGUUUACAAAAAUUCUACAUCGAGGCUGGAGUUGACGAGGUGGAUGCGGCGUCCAUUUUAUCACGAAGGCACGCUCGGAGGAUCCAACGUCAAAAACUAAGUUUCUAUUAAAUUAAAACUAGACCGGAUCCAAGGACUGAGAUUCUUGGAACAACGGACCGGACCUGGAAUUUGCGGUUCCAAGUUCCAAGCUCCUGGACGAGUCCUUGGCUUCCUGGAGGCUCGACCAGCCUUUGGCGGGUCCUCUUCGAGAGGCUUCCGCGGGGGUCGAGAGCUGGUCCCUCCAGGAGCCGUGUCCGGGGGGCCCGACUGCCCCGGGAGCCACCCCGGCUUGCCCGACUCCUGGUGAGGACGCUCGCCGGCGACUCGAUAAAUGCUCGCGUGAUCCACCGAUCCGAAUGAGCUGUGCAAUGGAGUACCAGCAAUUGGCGCCGCCUCCGGUACCAGGAGUGCUCCACCAGGCGCAUCACCCCCAGCAACAGCAACCGCCGGUGCCGCCGCAUCCCCACAUCGUGGUCGCACCGGCGCAUCAGCAACCCCAACCACCGCCACCACCGUUACCACCGACGACACACGCCCAUCAGGUGCACGCACCAUUGCCACCUAUCCACGACGACAGCACCAGCUCCAGAUGGACCCAGUACCAGCACAUCUGGAGACAACAUCAUGUCUACAUGAACGGGAAACAAGGCAAGGAUGGACCCGAAGAGAAGAAGGACGCCGACGGCGAGCUGUGGGGGAACGUGGAAGCACAGGCCGCCUUCCUCGGGCCCAACCUCUGGGACAAGACGCUUCCCUACGAUGCCGACCUGAAGGUAUUAAACCAUUACGUGGACCUCGACGAGUUCCUUUCCGAGAACGGCAUCCCCGUGGACGGGGUGGGGGGCCCCGGUCAAGGGACCAUGCAAAGUGGUCAGCUCCAUAAAAUGACCAACAACGAGGUGGCCAGCCACCAGGGACCAGCUGGCCUCCACCUGGAGCCCGUCACCAAACGAGAGAGGUCGCCCUCGCCGAGUGAAUGCUGCUCACCCGACACCCUUAACCCUCCAUCGCCGGCAGACUCCAAUUCCGGGGACUCGUCACGAAUACAAUAUGGCUUGUCUCUUGUAGCGCUCUCGAUGGCGUCAUCGGGGCGAGACUUCGAUCCCCGCACCCGCGCCUUUUCCGACGAAGAACUGAAACCUCAGCCGAUGAUCAAGAAGUCUCGGAAACAGUUCGUUCCGGAUGACUUGAAGGAUGACAAAUACUGGGCGCGUCGCAGGAAGAACAACAUGGCGGCCAAGAGGUCGCGGGACGCACGUCGCAUGAAGGAGAACCAGAUAGCUCUCAGGGCCGGUUUUCUCGAGAAAGAGAACAUGGGCCUGCGACAGGAGUUGGACCGGUUAAAGAACGAGAACAUGCUGCUGCGCGACAAGCUGAGCAAGUACACGGACGUCUAACCGAAGGCCUAGGUCGACUGGCCUCUUCUCCACUUAGAAAAGCCGUCGAGUCCAGAGUUCCAAAGGAAGAAACACCGCGGGAGAAGAGCAGGACCUUCCUCGAGGGUCCACCCGAGAGAGCGGAAGGGAGCCGGGACUCGGGACUUCGACGUCCACCGAAGAACUUCCGCUCCUCGCCUCCAUCGCUGAUCCCGCCACCCACGUCCCAUCCCGGUUCAGCCUCGACUUGUACAUAGUUAUAUGUAUAGUUAGAUUAUAUAUAAUAUCGAUAUCAUAUAGUACGAAUAGUACUAGAGAGAAAGGGAGAGAAAGAGAGAGAAAGAUACCUGCGUCUAUGUUUAAAGAAGCGACAGCCACCCCCGUGCGCCCUUUCGGCGUCUCACAUACCGCGCGUACCUAAAGGAUUUCUUGCGCGCCAGAGAUCCUGGCCCGGAUAUUUCGCUUUCACCGGAAGUCAAUGGAUCCUUUGGAGAGCUUCCUGGCGCCAGAGUUCGAGAUCUUGGCCCGGGGAUCUGCCCGACGGAGACGGUGUUUGCGUACGGACGUCAGACGUCGGCUAACUCGUGGGACGCAUCCUUGCGGGUUCACCGGUCCCCGGAUGUGGAUUCCGCGAGGUCUCAUUGGAAUCCUUGGGAUUCCUCGCGGUGCCGUAGGAGCGCUUGGUUUUGAAAUGCCCUGCAGAGUAGAGAGAACUCCCGGAGAUGGAAUUUUCCGAAGUUAUACGAGAUGUGCAAUUAGGAGUCGCGGGUGUUGGGGAUCCUUUUUUGGGAUCGAGGGAUCGCGGCUGGUCUGUGAGACGUCUCGGUGGGCUCGUACGGACAUUCAUACACAUAGAGACACCUGAUACACGCAUACAAAGACACGACACACGCGCGAGCGCGCGCGCGCAUAAGCCAAUCGCUGCUAAUAAGUUAAGCCCCGCACCGCAACGCGACUAACUAACCUAGGCGACGUUUUCGAUCGUAACACUAGGGAGUUUUUCCUGUUUUCUCUUCUCUCCUAGUUUCUGCCCUCCCCUAGAUCGUAACCCUCCUUUCUUUCGGCGAGUCGCGAGCUCGUUCGCGCGGUUGCGACGCGAUCGGCCUCCUCCGUAGACGGGAGGAACGUGGAAGGUCUUCUUCAGGGUUCACCAAAAUGGCCGUCCAUCGUGGCCGUCCAAAAUGGUCUCGUUAAUCAAAUGCGCCCCCGAAUGUCGCCGCGUAUCCUCCAGUCAGCGUUCCAGUACGCGUUUCUACGCAAUUCACUGUCAUUCGGAUUUUCCUUUAAUCAUAGAUUGUUUCUAAUUCUCAAAAUAUCGAGGAAUCGGGUAGAUACGCGAUGAGCCAUUUUUCUUCUUUUCGCGUAAUCGAGGAAUCAUGUUUUAAAUGUUUUGAGAAACUGGAACGCUUACACGUGGACUGGGGUUUACGUUAUGCGGUACUACGUGUUGCCUUUGACGUUUCUCUUUUCUAUGGUUUUCUCGAUUAAUCUGUCGCGUGUCGAUCGAUCUCUCGCGGCGAUCGAUCGUUGGUGUUGCGUUCAAAUUGCGACGGCUCGACGCGAGAUUCGAAUAAGUUUCCAGUUUAGAGCCCCGCGACGACCCCUCGUAUUUUGGACGCUACUCUGGGGUUUAAACUUCCCGCCCGCAGGCUCGACGCCAUCUUGGACUUCCCGGGGGAAGCUAACACAUGGAACGCCUCGGCGGGCGUUCCGCGAACGAGUUACCAGCACCCUCUGGCGGUGCAAGAGUUUACUGUGAAUUUCGGGAGCUUAAUUUCGGUGCCUUUUAACGGGCGCGUAGUCUCACGUCACGCACCUCCUAAACGCGGAAAAUUCGUGGGAUCGCGGUUCUCAAUUUGUACAUAGUAGGAUAAAAGAGAGAAAAAGGGGAGAAAAUCACGAGCCAACUCGUCGGCUUGGCGACGCAGGAAUUGCGGAGCGAAUUGCGGAGCAUGUACGCAUGUCGAUUACAAUUCGCCGGAGUCCCUUUUGUCAGCGCGUGCCUCUUGAUACGGCGAAUCAAAAGUCACCUUUUCAAAUUCUCCCUGGACCAUUGUUUCCGGGGAACUUCGUCGUUAGAGUCGGCCGAUCAGCCGCCUUAAUCGCUACUCCGCUUUCCGAUCGGCUGACUCUACCCUCGGAAGUGUGACCCCCGGAAACCGCGAGUUCCACUUUGCAGAGAACGACUUCGAAUUCAUUUUAGAUUGCGAAAUUCGAUGGGAAAGACUAGUUCGAUGGUCGUGAACGACCCCGAUCACCUUUCGGCCUGAUUUGCGUCCGCGAUGUUCAUCGAUCCGCUUUUAAAUCCCACGUUCGAACACGCUCAACUGGCGGCAAACUUCGGGCCGAUUAGUGGGGUUAAAUUCGGCGGGAAAGCUCCACGCGACUUAACUUCGAAGGGCAGUACCACGGUACAGCGUGCACGCGUCUCGACCCUGCAUGCUCUAUGCCUUGAGAUCACCCUUAAAGAGUUGCGCGCUCCACCUGGAGAUUUAAUUUGUUCAUUACUCGAAGCCGAAUGAAAAUUAAGACGCCGGAUUUGCGAGGGACGCUCGUACGCGGUGGCAGCUUUACUCUUACCACCGUUCAAUGAGCAUUUCUCGGUAAGAAGGCGAGAAAAGUGACGGAAACGCGCGCACGCUCCGUGGCUCUCGAAGGAGGUCCGCCAUGACGGAGUGGCGCGGCCCACCUCGGAAACCCGUUUCGACCGUAAUCAAAGCAGAACAAAGAUUGAAGCAUCCGAUUAGCGAGGAAAGGAUCUUUAGCACAGCAGCUUUGCUUUCGUCGCUAUUAGGCGAGCCGAUGUAGGCGGAGAGGCGAGCUAAAAGGGUAUAUAUGUGUGCGCGUGUACUUGCGACCGAGAGAAUGGCGGCAAUGAGUCCGAGAGAGAAGAAAAUUGAAUUCUAACCAGAGCCGAGAAAUUUAACGAGGAGAAGACGUUUGAGGAUGAACCAGGAGGAGAGAACGUCGGUAAACGACGUUUUCUGCGCACGACACCUAGGUCCUAGUUCUCCCGAGAGAGGUUAAUAUCGUAGCGUAUCCACGUGGUGAUGGUUACACAGUGAUUCUAGUUGUUUUACUAUUAAGGUAGAGACGUACUUUUAGUCUAGUUCUCACGUUAACCGCGAGAGGCACUCGGGUGCGCGGAAAGCGUCGACGCGACGUCUUUGCGGAUGCGCCUUAGAGGUAGUCGACGGCGCCUCCCGAUUGGAUCGCGAGAGAUCACCGCCUACGACAAAAUGGCGGCAAUCGUGUUCGACUAAAUGGGGCGGCUGCCGCGACGUUAGCCUUCUCCCUUUAAGUUUUUAGAUGUUUAUUUUGUUCGAUAGAGAAUUAUUACGUGGACCCGCGCGCCUCUUCUUUUUCGAGACCGAGUCGAGCGCGAGGACGCUCUCGUCUUCGGGAGCGGUCCCGUUCUCUCGACACCUCGACCGGCCACGAGAUGACGACCGACUUUUUGCAUCCGUGGCUGCGCAUUUUGCGGGCAACUUUUAAGAUUAGGCAUCGUUUCGUCCCGACCCGGUGAGACGGAGCGGCAUGGCCUCGCGGAAAAGACCUUUUUUACUAACCGUUUACCCGAGAAUCGAGCGAGUUACUCUUGCAGAGGUGGUAGUUACGGAGGGAGCCACGAGAGGCGCUCGGAUCGCAAGAAAGAGAGGCGCAAGCCGCGGACGUUAAGAGAGAUACCGUCGCGAAAAAAUCAUCCGAUCCAUUAACGAACAUUAAUGAGAAUUAUGUAAUGUGAAACACGAAUGAGCCCACCAAGGUGGGAAACCUACUGUAUCACAUUUCGAGAGAUAUAUGUAUUUGUUAUUGUUUUAAUUGAA